AUGAAACUUUCGCUCGAACUGAUGAAAAUCGUCUUGGCAGUUUCACCCCCUCUUCAUAUCAAGCUAGAUGACAAAGAUCCACCGGUGCUGCUCUACACCGACGCCUCAGACGUGCCUGAUCCGCGAAUGGUCGUCGGAGGCGUUUUGAUCCUUCCACCACCUGCAGCGCAGAUGAAGUUUUUCAGCUGGGUUGUCCCGCAACCCGUUGUAGACGCAUGGAUCUCCAAGAGCUCAUGCUUGGGUCAGCUUGAGUUACUUGCUGCCCCUGUUGCGUUGAGUACCUGGGAGGAUGACCUGAGGCGACGCCAAGUCAUCCACUUCGUGGAUAACGAUUCAGCCAACCUCGUCCGGGGAUAUUCCCCGAAGCAAGACUCCUGCCAGCUAGUGGGUGAGUAUUGGACCUCGGCCGCCCGCUCCAGCAUCGAUCUUCACUUAGAUCGUGUCGAGCCCAAGUCAAACACAGCCGACGGCCCAAGUAGACUUCAAUUUUCCCUCAUGCACCACAUGGGAGCUUCUCCACCUGUAGUGAAGAAAGACAUCUGUACAUACGGCUAA